CAUAUCUCAGAAAUACAGACUCGAGAGAGGGUCAUGAACUUGGUGCGUGGUAAUACCUUCACAUAUUUAUGUGCUGGUGCAGUAGACGAGACAACUUUAUUUAUAGAGAAGUGGCAGUUUGUCUCUCUGCGGUAUUUACUUUGUUGGCGUCACUUAUAUUUAAGUGAUACGUACUACUACAUUUUAGAUGCAUAAUUCAACAAGGGAGGUGAAACCCUCGAGUUCAACGAAGGGAAGCACACGCGAAAUCCCAGAAAGUAUGACACUUUCAGCACCUGGAAGUCUAGAGAAACAGGCGUCGGCGCCGAGUCAGGUCGUUGUUGAGAAAGUUUUAGCAGCCCGAAUAAGCUCCACAAGAUUACAACCGCCGUCUUCUAAGACAGACUCCGAAGUCGAAUUGAUCAGGUCAUCAUGGCGAGCACUAUUGGCCGGAGACGGUACAGCCGCACAGAUGCCUCUGCUGAGGUUUGUUGAGCAGUAUUAUAAACGGCUAUUUCGACUUUUUCCAGAUUCGCGAGGUGUAUUCAAAACACGAGAUACCCAAAGUAAGUCGCUAAGUUUGCUGUUGAGUAUUAUAAUUAACGUUGCCGAUGAACCGGAGCUUGAGAUGAACGCGAAGAAGAAAAAGUUGGAAAUGAUGUACAAAGAGUACGGAAUGAACUCACUUUUGGCUGUUAUUGCCGGCCGUGUACUCAUACAAAGUUUGCAGGCGUUUUUAGAAGCAUCGAACAAAUUUCAAGCGAGUGUUAAGGACGCAUGGGUUAAAUGUUAUACGAGUAUCGCUGAUCAGCUUCUCUUCAGAGAGAAGGACUCCAUUUCACAAAGGAAAAUGAUAGAACUAAUCGAUCAGUUAGAUGUGGGCGAUCAGGAGUGGAUGAUGAACGUAUCACGUGACGAAGAACUGAAACCCGUCACGAAGGGCAAGAACUGGCGAUACAAACUUGUAGCAUUGAAUAAGCGCAUGGUGAGUGGCCCUAGUAUCGGUAAGAAGCUGAAACAUACCCUCACAUCAACGUCGGAUCUCGAAGGGGGCUUGUCUGCAACCUCAAUUGAAAUAUCUGCAACUUCAGUUGAAAUCUCGGGAUCAGAUGACGAAGCUUUACCGACUCGCGCCAAAAUGAGUGACGGUAAACUCAGACGGAGGUCCACACAGUCUUUGAAUGGCGAUUACCACUCGAAAUUUACCUUAGGUAGUGAGAAUGAUAAUAAUACUCGACAGGUGACACGCUCUUAUAGUAGUCUAAAAAGUGGGAAGGACAGCACAGUCACUCCCAGGAGGGGCCGCAGUAGUAACAGUCAACUAAGGAAACCGACAUUUCGUGGAGGCAUAAGCAGUGCGAGCGAUGGUACGCUGUGUUUGGGCAUUGUGGAACUCAAAGAAUAGAAAUUAAAGCAGCAUUUGUGAGUGAUAUUUUUAUUGACUACUAAAGCUAUACAGAUU